AAGACUGCAGAGCAGUUGAGGAAGAUGGCGGUGAUCUACUGCGUGUCAGUGGACGAGGUCCCGGUGUAUGUGCAGUACUUUGACAUCACUCUGAUACCUGCCACCAUUUUUUUCUUCAAUGGACAGCACAUGAAGGUGGACUGGGGCACACCAGAUCACACUAAGUUCAUCGGCAGCUUCAAGACCAAGCAAGACUUCAUCGAUGUUGUGGAGGUAUUAUACAGAGGGGCCAUGAAGGGCAAAGUGAUGGUGACCAGCCCCUUGGACCCCAGGGACGUGCCAAAAUAUGAACUGAUUUAUAAAAAUAUAUGAGAAAUUAUCCCCAUGAGAGGUGUGAUAGGAUCCAUUUCAUGGACUUCCCAAUGGUGCAGUUUAGUGGUAUUACUUGGCCGAGAUGGUGUUGAUUGCAAACACCCUGCUGGGUCCACAGCAUGUGGCAUAAAAGUCUGACUUUGACUGAAUACCAUCAGCCUUU